AUGUGGCUGUUUUGUUUGUUUGCUUCUAGCCCAGGAGGCCCAGAAACCAACCUGGAGGUGCUAUCUGAAGGCAGUGGGAACCAAGCCGGCCUUGCGAGCUAUGACGAAGCAGACUCCACGGGAGCAAAGCCCACCAUCAGUGCAGAUGAGGAGGAAGGGCCCCAGACUUGCCGUGUAUGUGGGGACAAGGCCAAUGGUUACCACUUCAACGUCCUGACGUGUGAAGGCUGCAAGGGCUUUUUCAGGAGGACCGUGAAACGCAACGCCCGGCUGAGAUGCCCCUUCCGGAAGGGCGCCUGCGAGAUCACCCGGAAGACCCGGCGCCAGUGCCAGGCCUGCCGGCUGCGCAAGUGCCUGGAGAGCGGCAUGAAGAAGGAGAUGAUCAUGUCCGAUGUGGCCGUGGCACAGAGACGGGCUCUGAUCAAGAGGAAGAAGAGAGAACGGAUGGAGACUCAGCCGCCGGGAAUGCAAGGGCUGACGGAAGAGCAGCGGAUGAUAAUCGAGGAGCUGAUGGACGCUCAGAUGAAAACCUUUGACACCACCUUCUCCCAUUUCAAGAAUUUUCGGCUGCCGGAGGUGCUUGGCAGUGGCUGUGAGAUUCCAGAAUCUCUGCAGGCCCUACCGGAGGAAGAGUCUGGCAGGUGGAGACAGAGCCAUGAAGAUCUGGGCACCCUGAAGAUUUCUCUGCAGCUGCGGGGGGAAGACGGCAGCGUCUGGAACUACAAGCCCCCAGCUGACAGAAGUGGGAAAGAGCUCUUUUCUCUGCUGCCCCACUUGGCUGACAUGUCAACCUACAUGUUCAAAGGCAUCAUCAACUUUGCUAAGGUCAUCUCCUACUUCAGGGACUUGCCCAUCGAGGACCAGAUCUCCUUGCUCAAGGGAGCCACCCUCGAGCUGUACCUCCUGAGAUUCAACACCGUGUUCAACGCAGAGACUGGCACUUGGGAGUGUGGUCGGCUGUCCUACUGCUUGGAAGACCCUGAAGGAGGCUUCCAGCAACUUCUUGUGGAUCCCUUGCUGAGAUUCCACUACAUGCUGAAGAAGCUGCAGCUGCACAAGGAGGAGUACGUGCUGAUGCAGGCCAUCUCCCUUUUCUCCCCAGACCGCCCAGGUGUGGUGCAGCGCGGAGUGGUGGACCAGCUUCAGGAGCGAUUCGCCAUCACCCUGAAAGCCUACAUCGAGUGCAGUCGGCCGCAGCCCACCCACCGCUUCCUGUUCCUGAAGAUCAUGGCUGUCCUCACUGAGCUUCGCACUAUCAACGCCCAGCACACGCAGCGGCUGCUGCGGAUCCAGGACACACACCCCUUCGCCACCCCCCUCAUGCGGGAGCUGUUUAGCACCACAGAUGGCUGAGCAGCUGCUUUUGGACUAGGCCUUAACAGGGCAGCCAGGCCCACAGCUCUCUGAGCCCCCAUGUGGACACCACCGAUGGUCAACGAAGCCUUGUGAGCCUGCCUCUCCCGGAGACCUGCUGCUGUGGCCACAGGGGGCUAGCAUUUCUCAGGAAAGGACUUGUGCCCCCUCUAGCCCCUGACCACAGUUCCAUCCAUGGAGAAUGCACUGGCUACCCUCUCCCUAGAAAUGGUCCUGGGGUCUGGGACUAGAUCCCCAAAUCCCAAAUCCACUUAUGUGCUGUGGUGGGAGGCGAGAAGGGGUGCCCAGGGCUGGGCAAUCUGAGGAUCUGCACCCACACCCAAGUUCAUUAGCUCCAGUCUUUUCAUUGCUACCUCAAACCCUUUGGGCUCCCAUUUUCCCACCCAUUCCCAACCCCCGGCCUCCUGUCCUGACCUGCUCAGGUGUUCCAAGGCUGUGUGGGUCUCCUAGCGAGAGGCCAGGAGGCCUGCCACAAAUGUCAGAAGCUUGCCGUGACUUUAUUCUGGGCACAUCCUUUUGUGUUUCCACGUUUAUUCAAACACCUUAUUUGUGGGGAAAUUAGGCACAGGAGGCAAUUCAAGAUGGCGCCUGCAGGGAAAUUAGGCACAUGUGGCAAUUCAAAGAUGGCACCCAAAGGAAGUAAGGUGGGCGGUACCCAAAGUCGUUUACCACCAAAGCUGAUUGGCCGUGCAGUAUCAGGGAGGUGAUGACAACUGAUGAUGAGUGUACAGACAUAUGGCUGGUCCUGUAAAAAGUCGCCCUGUAAAAUGACCUUUUAAAUAAUUGGUUGGUCCUUAUGCCCUGCCCCAGUAAUCCUGCAGUCUUGUGCUUUAAAAGGCUUUGCUACAUGCGCAAUAAACCGAGUUCUUGCUUGCUUGA